GUCUAGUAUCAUCAGUAUCAUACCAUACCAUACAUACAGUAGUUCUCAAUGACAAGCAAUUCCUACAGCGGAUCGUAUAAAACUGUAUAAGAUUUAAAUUUUAAACUUUUCUCUUCCUUUUUGUAAGUAAAUGGCAGUGUAGUAUUCGAGAAUUUAUUGAUUAUAGUUCAGCAUAAAUAGUGAGUGCAACAAUGACGCUCACAAAUAAGAUGGAAAUAGAUGAGAAGAUCGCAAAAGGAGAAGGUUUUAAACCGUAUUACAUUACUAAGAUUGAAGAGUUGCAAUUAAUUGUAGCUGAAAAAAGUCAAAAUUUAAGAAGAUUACAAGCACAGCGUAAUGAGCUCAAUGCAAAAGUACGUAUGUUACGUGAAGAGUUACAACUUCUUCAGGAACAAGGGUCAUAUGUUGGAGAAGUUGUUAAACCAAUGGAUAAGAAAAAGGUUUUAGUUAAAGUACAUCCUGAAGGAAAAUUUGUAGUAGAUAUAGAUAAAAACAUUGAUAUUAACGAUGUAACACCAAAUUCAAGAGUUGCAUUGCGUAAUGAAAGUUAUACUUUGCACAAAAUUUUACCAAAUAAAGUUGAUCCACUUGUUUCACUUAUGAUGGUGGAAAAAGUACCAGAUUCUACAUAUGAAAUGGUUGGUGGAUUAGAUAAACAAAUUAAAGAAAUCAAGGAAGUUAUAGAAUUACCUGUUAAGCACCCUGAAUUGUUUGAUGCUCUUGGAAUUGCCCAACCUAAGGGGGUACUGUUAUAUGGCCCUCCAGGUACUGGCAAAACUUUACUGGCAAGAGCAGUAGCCCAUCAUACAGAAUGUACUUUUAUUCGUGUGUCUGGUUCUGAAUUAGUACAAAAGUUCAUUGGUGAAGGUUCACGAAUGGUUCGUGAACUUUUUGUAAUGGCAAGGGAACAUGCACCAUCUAUAAUAUUUAUGGAUGAAAUAGACUCAAUUGGAAGUUCUCGUAUUGAAUCUGGAUCCGGGGGAGAUAGUGAAGUUCAACGAACUAUGCUUGAAUUACUCAACCAAUUGGAUGGCUUUGAAGCUACAAAGAAUAUAAAAGUUAUUAUGGCAACAAACAGAAUUGAUAUAUUAGAUCCUGCCUUAUUACGACCAGGACGUAUAGAUCGUAAAAUUGAAUUUCCACCUCCAAGUGAAGCAGCACGUCUUGAUAUUUUAAAAAUUCACUCGAGAAAAAUGAAUUUAACUCGAGGUAUAAAUUUAAGGAAAAUUGCAGAACUUAUGCCUGGUGCAUCAGGAGCAGAAGUGAAGGGUGUAUGUACAGAAGCUGGUAUGUAUGCUCUCAGAGAACGUCGAGUUCAUGUUACUCAAGAAGAUUUUGAAAUGGCUGUAGCAAAGGUGAUGCAGAAAGAUUCAGAAAAAAAUAUGUCGAUCAAAAAAUUGUGGAAGUAAUUCGUUAUUGGCUAUAUUUCAUUCUUUCUAUACCCUUUGCAUUUUUUGUAAAAUCAUUUGUGAACAACCUAUAACUUUAAUUGAAAUGUAUACAAAAUAAAUAUCAUAGUUAUAAGAACAAA